GCCCGGGCCAGAUUAAUAGAAUCCCCUCACUAGUCAGCUUGUUAAAUAGAAGAAAAACUGCAUAACAUCUCGUUAAAUGUUGUACAUUAUUGUGCAACCUGUUCUAUUUGGUACCAACUCGAAAUAUUCCUAACACAUGGACAAAUUUACUGAGAGAUGAAAGGAAGAAAUUGUUUUGAUUGUUAUUCUGUUAGUGGGUUGGGUUAUCUGAGCUAGCUGCUUGCUACCAAAACGUUAGCGGCCACUAUUGCCUGCCUAGGCUACGAAAACGUUAGCUCCUAGCUAAACAACGAAUCGAGCGCUGGCAAAUCCAAAGUUCUUUGUUUCAACAAACUGCACCUUGAAGAGAAAAAUAUUAUCAAACUCAACGAGAUUCUGGCUGCAGGAUAGCUACAACUACCUACUCAGCAUUUCUUAUAGUAAGCUCACUGGAUGGAAAGCUUGGGCACGCUUCCUUCCUGUAAGUGUUCACUUCUCCAUUCUUUAGCUGCCGCAAAUGGUGGACCAACUUCCCGUCACGGAUAGCUCUUAUAAAAUCAUUGGCAGCAGAGAACUGGAAGGAAAGCCAGUCAAAGGAGGACUUGGCUUUGGGGGUGAUCAGUGAAAUAUACCUGCUGGAGAGCGUGCUACAGUGCAAUUCUAAGGGGAUUGGGUCUUGAUGGAAAGCUGACAGCUGACCAGAUUGCCAAAAAGUUGGAAAAUCUGAAGACCAAAUACAAGGACUUAAAAUACAUUUUUCUUGGCAAGGACACUGUUGCUACCAGCAUAGCCUCCUGGCCCUGGUUCCAAUUUAUGGGCGAGGCCAUGGAAGGACGCCUCUUCAACAGCGCCCAAGUUUUGGCAGUGGCAUCUUUGGCUGGUGAGGCUCCAGGUUCUUCUUCACCAUUAACCAACGAGAGAGGACAGGGGGGUGACGGUGCUGACAUUUUGGAGUUCUUGAUCAAAACUGAGAUGGAGGACAGUGUGGGGACAGAGAACUUGGAGGACAAUGCAACUGUUAACACUGACGCAACUCAGACUGAGGGCCCUACUACUAUGGGCUGGCGAAGAAUUUCAGAAUGCUCGUAUAAAAUGACAGAGCAGGAGACGGAGAGAAUGAUAAAGCUGCGUGCCGUGAAUGAGGCUCUCUUCACAGGCAGAAAACAUACUGCCAAGCCUGCCUGGAGAGCUAUUUUAAAUGAGUUGGGCCUUCAGGGAAAGCUGACUACUGACCAGCUUGCCAAAAAGUGGGAUAACCUCAAGAGGCGAUAUAAGGAGUUGAAAUGUCCAGCCCGCAGCAUGGAGAGCAACCCAAAUUCCUGGCCCUGGUUCUACCGCAUGAAUGAUGCCAUGGAGGGACGAUUCGCCAGCUGCGCCCCCAUCCUGACGCCAUUAGUAGAGGAGGGUGAUGAGGAGUUUGAGCCCUCUCCACUACCAAGGAAGAGGGCUCGUCGGACGCCAGGGAAGGGUGGGAUGUCUGAGUUCUUGACAGAGUCUGAGAUGGAUGAGCUGGUGGAAACGGAGGAGAGGAAUGGAGCAGCCGUCUUCCAAGGGGCCACCAUAGGGGAGUAUCACACGGCCACAGAAUUCUCAUAUAAGCUGACUGAGGAGGACACCAAGAGAUUGAUAGAGUUACGUGCUUCCAAUGAGGCUCUUUUCACAGGGAAGAGAAAUACGGCCAAGCCUGCCUGGAGGGCUAUAGUAAAAGAGAUGGGCCUCGCAGGAAAGUUGUCUGCUGACCAGGUUGCCAAAAAGUGGGACAACCUGAAGACAAAAUUCAAGGACUUGAAGUAUCCGCCGCGUGGCAUGGAGAACCAGAACACCCCUGCCUCCUGGCCUUGGUUCCAACUCAUGAAUGAUGCCUUCCAGGGCCGACUGGCCGCGAGAGCCCCCAAAAUAACUCCCAUAUGGAUGAACGAGGAAGACUACUUGUUUGUAUCCUCGCCGAUGCCUACAGAGAGAGACCCGUGUCCAAUGCCAGAAAGGAGUGAGAUUUCUGAUCUGGAAGAGGGAAUGAGACCAGAGGGGACAGAGGUGGAUGGAACGGUUACGUUCUUAGACACCAGUGGAGAGGAGUGCCCCACACCUGUGGAAUUCUCCUAUAAAAUGACAGAGCAGGAUACGAGGAGGCUGAUUAAGUUGCGUGCGGCCAAUGAGGUUCUCUUCACUGGGAGGCGAAAUGCUGCCAAGGCUGCAUGGAAGGCCAUUUUAAAAGAGUUGGUUCUCCUGGGAAAGGUGUCAACUUACCAGGUGGCCAAGAAGUGGGACAACUUAAAAAGAAGAUAUAAGGACCUGAAGUACCCACCUGUGGGAAUGGAGAGCAUAGCAGACAACGCUGCUUCCUGGCCAUGGUUCUACCUCAUGAAUGAGGCCAUGGAGGGCCGCCUCGCCGCCAGCGGACCUGUCUUGACCCCUAUAACGGAGGGUGAUGACCCCGAGCCUUCCCCUUCACAGUCCUCUCGAAAUAGAGGAUGCCCGUUGCUGGAAAAGGGUGACAUCACACUGGAGUACCAACAAGAGAUUUAUGUGCACCCCACCAUAGAGGAGUGCCACCGGGCCACAGCAGAGUGUGAGAGUGCACUGAGAGAGGAGAGGUUGGGUAGGGGGCCAGCAGGGGGCACUGCUGCCCAGAAGUCAGUGACACUGGAGAGAGGGUGGGAGAUGGUGGAGAGGGAGAGGGCAGCGAUAGAGGGGGAUAGAGCGGCGGUAGACAGAGAGCGGCAGUGGCUGGAGAGCGAGAGAGCCAACUUGGCAAGAGACAGGAUGCUGUUGGAACAGGACAUGGCGGCACUUGGUAGAGAGAGAGAGGCCUUUGAGAGCCAGAGGGCAGCAGUGAUGAUGCACAGUGCUACAGGGGUGCACACUGGACACGUCAACCACUGUGGGAUGGGGAUGUAGACCUAUGGUAUUAACUGCCUUGGAAGCCAAGGACUGUUCAAGAGCCUUCAAGUUAAUUAGAGGAGUCUUUUCAGCAUGUUUUCACCUUAUUGGCUCGAGAUUAAUAAAUGUUUUACACUCACAAGAGAACGCGCUGUCUUUGAUUUGUGAUUGAUACAUUCAAAACAUCUAAACGUAAUGGUUUAUUAAACUAACAAGUGACAGAGACUUCAAUCUGUAAAAUGGUGGACUUGUUUUAAAUGUCAUUUGAGAAUUUCUCUUUCUUUUGACAGAACAGGCUAAUGAUGUCAUGUAACCCUUAAAGUGUUUGUGGUGUGACUCAUUAUCUCAAUGGCCUCAUCCUGUCUUUUCAGUCUCGGUUGCAAUUAUAUUGUGAUAUAAGACAAAAUUAGCACUAUAAGUGAGAGAACUGAAUUUGUUAUGGAAGUAUUAACUUUUUAUGUACUGACUACUUUUCUCUAAUGUGAAAGCCGUUUCCAUUUUCAGACAAUGAAUAUCCUAUAAAUUACUGCCAAAAAAGUAUAGAAGUGAAAUAUUGUUUGAGAAAUCAAAUCACAGUAUGACCAAAGCUCAAGUGAGAAAUGUGGUGGAAUAUUUUUUUUGAGGAAAUAGUACCCGCUCAACAAUUGUGUAUAGCCUACAAUAAAAAGGAUCAUACUCUG